AUGACUGCUCCCAACUCUACAGAAGGUUCUCCCGCGGACCAGCUCGCUGCUUUCAGUCCCAGUCCUCUGGGGACUGCUUCUCAGCGAGCGCCGGCCAGAUUCCCUGGAAUGUCGACCAUUCGAACUUCUGAUCCUUUUAUCGGGUUUCCCUCGGGAGUUUUCUCCCCAGGAAGGUCUGUCCGGGGUACCGGCCUGCUUCAUUCUCGUGGUGCUUCUACUUCGAGAAUCUCUAACCUGCCCGAUGAUGGUUAUCCUGACACUCCAGCUCGCUUCUCUUCCGCUCGAAUUGGGAGUUCUGCUUCGGCAGUUCCUGACCCUUCGGGUGGUGGUUUCAAUAUUCCGUCUCCAUUGCACUAUUCGCCUGCAGAGAUGCAUCACUCAUCGCUCCCAACCCACUUCACUCCUGGGGCUCUGUAUUCCCCUUCCCAGCCUGGCCUUUCGGCCUACUCGCCGACUCGCAUUGGCUUGUCCAGCUCCAUUACACAGAAUAUUCUGAACCGCUUGCUGGCUACUUCUGGCAAUGAACCUGCCAGACUUGAUCCAGUGUUGCCCGCUUUCCCACGCAGCACGAGUGCUCGGAGUCUGACUGACAUCUCUGGCGUGUCUCUUGCCGCUCGCCCUUUGUUGACCAACGACAACCAGCGUGGCUUGACCGUCUAUGGAAUUCAUAUCAACUCUACUCAUUGGUCGGUCUUGGAACAUUUUCUUGUGAGUUGCAACGCAAGCUGGAUUACUGAAAGAGUCAACGCUGAUGUUUUGAAGCCUGAGAAUUACUCAUCCGUCGAUUGUGUCUAUCUCGGAGACCUCCAGACCCGCGGUCGAGUUUCAGUUUUGUUCACUGAUCUUCGCGACGUGGGACGUGCUAUUGACCAACUCAGGAACACUCACCCAGAAUGGAUUGUGAACCUUGCCUCAGCUCGAGAAAUUGCGGAUAUCACGAAGAAUGUCGAUAUCCCCAGCACCGCAAACACCAACGACGGCAAGCUUACGGUGACUGUUCGCAAUAUCGGCAAACGUCUGACCGAAAGUUAUCAUAACCUGGUAGAAGGUCUGAUUCGUCGUCUUGGCGAAGUGAGAUCGUUCCAACUCUUUGAGAACGGACCGGUGGCUCAGAAAUAUCAUGUCGAAUUCUACAACACACGCCAUGCAUUUUACGCUUUUGCCUGUCUCCAAGGAUUUAAAUACGAGUUCCUUACAUUCGAUGCGUCCUUCAACCGUCCACAGGAUGACACUAACCGUGUUUUUCACCCUCGAACCCCGAGCGUGAGCUCCCAGUAUGCUCCAAUGACUCCAGAAUUGGUUUCUUCGAGCAGCGAUACCUCUUCGGCUGUGAAAGGCCCCAAGAGUGAAAACUCCAUUGAUAUGGAUCGCAUUCAGAGAGGACUGGAUGUCCGCAGCACAAUCAUGAUAAGGAACAUUCCCAACAAAGUCACUUCGGAUCAACUCAAGGCUAUCCUGGAUGAAUCUAGCUUCGCAAAAUAUGACUUCAUGUAUCUGCGCAUGGCUCAUGACAGCUCUUCAGGGCAAGACUUGAGCAUGCUUGCUAACAUGAUCGGUAACCAAAGGCCUGAAUCUCUUUCCGAAAAGAAGGCAGAGAUCUCUUAUGCCACUCUCCAAGGAAAGGACGCGCUCAUUGCCAAGUUCCGCAACAGCCAUGUGAUGACCCGUCCUAUCAGCGAACGCCCUCGUCUCUUCCACAUGGGCGGACCUCGUUCCGGAUCCGAUGCACCGUUCCCUCCUCCCAAUGACGCCAACAAGCUUCGUCGCUCGGUUGCCAGCACAACCCAGCAAGGUCUCUAUGCUCCUCGUUCUCGCGAAGCUGGUGCUAGAGUCAGCGGCAGUCGCACUCGUUCCCGCGCUCGCACUCAGUCCGUCAGCCAGACCCCCCGGUCUCGCCGUGCCCGAGGUUCUGUGGGACAAGCCAUGCACAACCCUGACGACUCACUGUCCUCUUCUCCCAUGGAGCUUGACGAUGAUUACUUCAUCAAGACAAACUAA